CUAUUUUAUAUAUAAUUCUUCUUCUUUUUUUUUGUUUUUUGUUUUUUUUUGUUUUUUUCAAUCAACACUGUCGAAUCUAUUUAACAAUAAUACUCAACAAGUAGAUCCUAAUAUUGAUCUCUUGACAAAACAAGUAGAUGAAGGGUUUGCUUCAUCUUCUUCGCUCGAAGACGUUCAAUCUUUCUUAGUCAUUCAACGCAAAAAGUCACAUACUAUCAACCAGCAAUUUUCUUCAACUAUCAAUAAUGAUGUCAUGUCUAGCUAUAGUAAAAUCAAAAUGGCAUCAAUAGAAUCCCUCUUAUGGAUUGGAUCAUCUUUUUGGGUUUUUUAUCGGUUGUUCAAGAUUCAUUAUCUUGAUAAUCAUGUUAUAGCAGGUUGGAUUGGUAGCAUUUGGUUAGGAAUCCUCUUGGUUCGCAUUUCAACAAAAUCUAAACGAGGUUUAAUGAAACAUGACGAGUCAAGCAGUAGUAGCACAACUGCAACUACAACAGCAGCUGCCUAUUCUUCUUCUGAAGAUGAUAAAGGAAAACUAAAGAAAAGGAUACAUAAUAUGAAGCAGCAACAGGUGUAUUCUAUGAAUCGUAUUUUUGGUGCUAGUAAAUCGUCUUUUAGAGGCAACGCAGAUGACGGGUUAAAGUGCGGUGUUUUACUAUUGCCUAUGGUAGCAGUUGCUAAAUUAAUAGAUGCAUCGAAUAAUGCCAUGGAUGAAUAUUAUAUGGCUUAUCUUCAAGUUAGAAUAGAGCUUAUAGUAUUCAUGAGUAUUCUCUUUUUACUACUUGUCUUUAUUAACGAUUAUUUACAUCCUCUAAAACGUAUAAUUCGCAAACGUGGUUUAUUUAUUUCGAGUAUCUGUGUAGCUGCACUCUGUACGACUGUUUUAACAAAUUGGACUUCAUUAACUCCUCAAUUAUCACAACAAACAACCAAUCUAACCAUUUUUUCUAUCACUAUUUUUCAGUGGUUUUUAUAUAUUUGUGUUGUGACUCUUAAGAAGUGUUUUACGUUAGGAGAAAUGUGUAUUAUAUCACAAGCUGGUGCAGUUGUAGUACAUGGAGCAACUGAAUACAUCUAUUCAGCGUAUUAUCCUGAACAAGCGCCUAGCUAUAUUCAUUAUGGUGAUAUUUCAACAGUUACCGUACUAAGUCAUGCUGUAGUAGUUGGUAUGAUUUUUAUCGGUAUCCUUACUUAUCCUUUACUUCGACAGUCAAGACGUUUAGCUCAAAAACCGUAUUGGCGUUCUUCAAUAAAAACUACAAACAAUGCCAAAAUAAUUUGCGGUAUUGCAUUUUAUUUUUUGACAGCCAUAAUUGUAUUUUUUAUUAUUGCCCCUUUAUGUAAAACGAUUACAGGUGAAAACCCUUUCAUGUGGACGCUCGAUUUUCUGUACAUGUCACCAUCACGUAUGGUAUUAUGCUUAUAUUGGGCAUUGAUGGUUAUUACAACUGUAGUUAUUUGGGUCCUUGUAUUAGAUUUUUAUCCCCAACCAUCACAUGAUUAUUAUUCAAGCCUAGAAACGAAAAUAUUGACGAGUGCAUUAAAUAAGAAACGAAAAUUAUUUCAUGCCUUAGCAGUUAUUAUGUUUGUACCUGGUGUAUUAUUUGAGAAAAUAUUCUUGCAAUUGGCUUUUAGCGUUGCAUUAUCAGGCUUUAUUUAUCUUGAAUACCUAAGAUAUUUCGCUAUUUGGCCAUGGGGAAAGAGUCUUCAUGUCUUUUUGACGGAAUUCAUUGAUAGCCGCGAUCUGGGGCCCGUUAUCUUGAGCCAUAUUUAUCUUUUAUUGGGAUGUGCAAGCCCUGUUUGGCUCGGAAGUUCAAAUGUGCUGGCAAGCCUUGCUGGUAUCUUAUCUUUAGGUUUUGGAGAUGCGGCAGCUUCAUUAGUUGGAAAAUAUAUGGGUCGUAUCGUUUGGCCAGGCACAAAAAAGACAGUUGAAGGUACAAUAGCAUUUAUUAUGACUAUUUUUGUAAGUUCUAUAGUGGUUGUCUAUAUUGCGGCUAUUAUUAGUGUAGACAAUGCUGUACAAUUUGUUGCCUUGGCUGGCCGAGGUAAGUGGUUGAGCUACUUGGUGAUAAUUACUUUAGCAGGUUUAUUAGAAGCUUUCUCUACACAGAAUGAUAACAUUAUUAUACCACUUUAUAUGUACGUUCUUGUUGUCUUGAGCAAUUAAACCAUCUAAAGUAUCGUAAAUAAAAGGAUUUUGUACACGUAAUAUAGAUUAAUUUAUGCCCUUAAUAAUAAAGAUGUG